AUUCCACAGACACACACACACACACACACACACACACUCCGCCUGAUCACUGAGGACCCGCUCUACCUGAAAACAACAGUCCCAAUGCUACAGCACAGGCGCACACCGCCGGACACCUACCAAAUGAAAUCAGGACGAGUUCAUUUCCACAAACUUUGGUUUCUCCCGAGGAGCAUUAUUUACGUCUGCAGCCCGGAACACCUGCACACCCUGCGGGACUCGAUAGAGAAAUAAGGCUGGUUGUUGCGACAGCAGAGCAUUAAUCCAUCGGCUGGGCUGAGCACCAUGAGUAGGAAGACACGGCGCUGGAUUUUCCAUUUCUUCCUGUGCCUUGGAGUAGUAUAUUUGAAAAUCGGGGGUCUGUCAUCGGUGGUUGCACUUGGAGCGAGCAUCAUCUGUAAUAAAAUCCCCGGCUUGGCCCCCCGUCAGAGGACUAUCUGUCAGAGCCGACCCGACGCGAUCAUAGUGAUCGGAGAGGGGGUUCAGAUGGGGAUCAAUGAGUGCCAGUUUCAGUUCAGACAUGGACGCUGGAACUGCUCGGCCCUGGGAGAGAGGACCGUGUUUGGGAAAGAGCUCAGAGUGGGCAGUAAGGAGGCUGCGUUCACCUAUGCGAUCAUCGCUGCUGGGGUCGCCCAUGCAGUCACUGCGGCCUGCACCCAGGGGAGCCUGAGCGGCUGUGGCUGCGACAAGGAGAAACAGGGCCUCUACAACCAGGAGGAGGGCUGGAAGUGGGGUGGCUGCUCUGCAGAUGUCCACUACGGCCUGGGGUUCUCUAAGGUGUUUGUGGACGCGCGGGAGAUCAAGCAGAAUGCCAGGACUCUCAUGAAUUUACAUAACAAUGAAGUGGGGCGCAAGAUGCUAGAAAAGGGCAUGCGGCUGGAGUGCAAGUGUCACGGUGUGUCGGGAUCCUGCACCACCAAGACAUGCUGGACGACGCUGCCCAAGUUCCGCCAGCUGGGAUACAUCCUCAGGGACAAGUACAACCAGGCUGUGCACGUGGAGCCGGUACGGGCCAGCCGCAACAAGCGCCCCACCUUCCUAAAGAUCAAGAAACCCCACUCCUACCGCAAACCCAUGGACACAGAGCUGGUCUACAUCGAGAGGUCGCCCAACUACUGCGAGGCUGACCCUCUGACCGGCAGUAUGGGAACACAGGGACGCCUGUGCAACAAAACGGCUCUGCAGCCCAACAGCUGUGACCUGAUGUGUUGCGGUCGAGGAUAUAACACACACCAGUACUCUCGUGUUUGGCAGUGUAACUGCAAGUUCCUGUGGUGCUGCUAUGUCAAAUGCAACACCUGCAGUGAGAGGACAGAGGUGUAUACCUGUAAAUAGAAAUAUUUAUUGGAUGUGUAUUUAGGCGCACAGCUAGACUGGACUGCAUGUGAAUGUUAAUGUAUUUCAGAAUAAGGCUUCUCUGUGGCUGAUGCACACCUGCGGAGUGACGGACUUCUUGUCUGGCCACGAUCACGACAGCUGGUUCCUCCAGCGUGUGUUGAUUACUCUGAUGCCAAUGGACAUCUGCCGUGACACUGGAUUCAAACUAUGGGCUCUCAAAUUGUAUUUUUACUUUUGAUUGGAAUGCCACUUCACGCCCCAGGUGUGACUUCUCUGCAGGCCGUAAGGCUGUACUGGCAUGGCUCACCCCAACAGUGAUGGGUUUGUUUUUAUUUUUAUUGACUAAUAAUUUAUUCAGUGAGAAAACUACUGAUGAUUUAGAAAAUUUGUUGUUACCUAAAUGUGGUAAAGUUGUAAGUUGGUGUAGAUGCCUGGGAUUUUAGUUUAAUAAUAUUCAAGUGCACUUAAAAGCAAAAGGAAUAGUUUCUUUGUUUUUUUUACAAGACAAAUUACACACUGGAGCUAAAAACAGAACUGUACUCGACUGAAUGACAUGUUUGGGACCCUGCAGCUUAUUUGCAUUAAGCCUAGCAGUAAACUACUGAUCCUGGGCUCGGUACUUGUUUCUGUCCCCCUUCCCCUACAUUUUGCUGCUAGUUGUCUGGAAAGUUAUGCGACUGAGCGGCCUUAUUGACUCUUCCUCAUAUUGACACCACCACAAGAAAAUGCGAGCUUCCAGACAUAAAUUCCCCUUAAUGUUGGCUGAUAGAAUAUAUUUUGUAAGAGAUUAUUUUUAUAUAAAGUUUUUUUUAUUUAUUUUCUGUCUAUGUGAGAUAUUUCCCCUUAGCAUUUCUAACUGUUCAGUUACUGUGCUUAAAAUGUGCCUUUUCCUCAGCAGCAGAAUAUAAUUAUGUUAUACUUAAAUGUGCAGCAUUGUGAUUUGUAACCCAUUUCAGGAAACACUGUCUCACCUUGCCUUGGUUCCUGACAUCACACCCAGGCUAGCUGCUGGUCCACAAAUGUUAGCUUCUAUGACUCAGUGCUAUCUCUGAGAGUUUCUCACAGUUUCUUUCUCUUUGUAUUUAAAAAAAGGUAAAAUUUGUUAGCAUACUACUACUAUAACAGCUACUAUGAAUUUUUUAUUUGUAUUGCCAGAAAUGCGUAAUCAUGUUGCUUUCCCCUUAUUUAUGAUGUCUGUUUGUCAGCUUUCCUUCUUUUUAGCUGUAAUCUCAUGCUAUUGCUAUUGUUUUAGCCAUGACAGCCUCUCACCUGUCCUCUUCUGUUGAGAUACAGUUUAACCCACAAAGGUCUUCACUGGUGUUCAUUAAAAGCUGCUAAAAGUGUAAAUAUUGCAACAUAAAUAUUAGAUUAAAAAAUCUCCAUCCUUUUUAAA